AUGUCGUAUAAGACAUGUUCAUGUACUUACCUUUGGCGUAUCGAAAGAUCGCCUCCAUCGUAUAUCUUUGGCACGAUACAUGUUUCCCAUGAACAUAUAUGGCCUUAUAUAUCGAAAGAGAUUCGACAAGCAUUUAUUUCUAGUACACAUUUUUAUGGAGAAUUCAACCCAACGGAUGAUACCUAUUGGUAUGAUUUUCUUCGAUGCAUAGCAAAUCGAACACCCCGCGUCGAACGAUCCACUGAUUAUAGUACUCAAGGUGCGCUACUUGAUAUGUAUUUAAUCAUGGAAGCUCGUCGUUCGAAUAAGACUACAGGUGGUUUAGAGACGCCUGAAUAUCUUUGUGAGCACAAAGGUAUGCUUGCAAAUUUAAAAACAUGGAUGUUGAUUGUGGAUAAAAUUAAAAAUCGAAUGAAAACUGGAACAUUUGAAAACGAAACAUUGAACAAUUUUGAAAUGAACGAGACAGAAACAUUAAGAAAAAUGUAUGUUUGCAAUGAAUUUGAUGAUGAAUACAUUGACAAUCUAGAGAAUUCAACUAAAGUAUUUCACGAUAUUGAACAACGCGAUGAAAACAUAUCGCGACGUAUGCAUAGCUUAUUGAAAAAGUCAAAGAAAAAUCGAUAUUUUUUUGCUGUUGGCGCUGGACAUUUAUUUGGUACACGAAAAAAUUUAAUUGCGCGUUUAACAACAUAUGGACAUAAGUUAACUCGGCUUUGCACUUAUCAAAAUCUGAUUUUGAAAAAAUUCGGCUGCAAGAAGAAGAAAAUGAUGGGAGGCUGUAUUAAACCGAAAGUUUUUCUUAAACGGAAAAAAAAUUAA